AUGAUCAUCAAAUACAAGAACCGCGCGGUUAUGACGUAUAACACAUAUGCGUAUGCGCCAUGGGAAGGGUAUCGCUGCGUUUUCAAUGGAAGCAAGGGCCGAAUCGAGGUGAAUGUCGUCGAAAGCGGUUAUUCGGCAGGAGGCGAGACUGUGACCGAAAAGGGUUUGGGGGAUCUGGAGAAAAACUAUAUUCAAGGGGGUGUUGAGCAAACCAAGAUUGUCGUUUACCCUCUGUUCGAUGAGCCGUAUGUUGUUGACGUGGAGAAGCGAGAAGGUGGACAUGGUGGAGGUGAUCCCGCUUUGCUGCGAGACGUCCUCAUUGGCGAUCAAGGUGACAAGUUUAAGCGUGCUGCCUAUAUACGCGACGGCGGCAAUGCUGUUCUGGUUGGUGUCGGCGCGAAUAAGUCAAUGAAGUCAGGCUUGCCCGUGAUGGUUCAAGAUUUGGUGCAUUGGUAG